GAGGAAGAUGAGGGCACGGCGGUUAAUUCCGAGGGAGGAGAUUUUGAUGAAGAAGAAGAAGACGACGGAGACCUGGACGAGAACGCAAGCGACAUAAACUCGCCGGCGGCGCCUAGAGAAACUGCAGCAAGAGCCGCGCCAGAUGAUGGAGACGACAUUACUGAGACAUCGGACAGGGACAACCUGGGGAAAAAGAAACGAGGCCCCUAAAAAAAAGAAAGAGACGAAAAAGAAAGACAAGGACAAGGAGGGAAAGAUGGCCAAAGCACGCAAGCGCAAAAAAAUAGAGAGUGACGUAGAAAGAGACUCAGAGCCGGAGUAUGCCAUGAACUCUGACAGUGCUGCCAGCGAUUAUGGAGGAGAGAAGAAAAAGAAGAAGAAACACAAGGACAAAAAAAGAGAAGAAAACCAAGAAAAAGAAGAAAGAGGAUGACGAUAGCACACACGAAGAGACCACAAAGCCAGUAGAGAUGAAAACGUCGGCCCAGCUGGCUAGAGAGUGGGGACUGGAGGAUGUCGAUCACACAUUCACAGAAGAAGAUUACCGCACACUAACCAACUACAAAGCCUUCAGCCAGUUCAUGAGACCCAUGAUUGCUAAGAAGAACCCUAAAAUCCCCAUGUCUAAGAUGAUGACCAUUCUGGGGGCCAAAUGGAGGGAGUUCAGCUCCAAUAAUCCAUUCAAAGGCUCGGCAGCAGCCGUCGCUGCCGCUGCAGCCGCCGCCGCAGCCGCCGUUGCUGAGCAGGUCUCCGCAGCAACGCCUCCCCCUGAACCUCCACCUCAGCCACCGCCACUUCGCAAGGCCAAGACCAAAGAGGGCAAAGGCCCUGGCUACAAGAAACGCAGUAAGAGUCCUCGUGUUUCUGAUAAGAAGAAGCCAAAACCCAAGAAAAUGGCUCCUUUGCGUAUUAAACUGGGAACGCUUGGUAACAAGAGGAAGAAGAGCAGUUCGAGUGAGGAGGUGGACGAGGACGAUUCUGAGCAGGAGAACUCCAGCGUUCACAGUUCUUCCGUCCGCUCUGACAGCUCGGGACGGGUCAAGAAGAACAAAAGGGGUCGCCCGGCAAAGAAGAAGAAAAAGGUUUCUCUCUCAGCACUGGGUGAUGAGGAUGGCGAUGGCUAUGAGACUGACCAUCAGGACUACUGCGAGGUGUGCCAGCAGGGAGGAGAGAUCAUUCUGUGUGAUACCUGUCCUCGAGCGUACCACCUGGUGUGCCUUGAGCCUGAGCUUGAGAAAGCCCCCGAGGGCAAGUGGAGCUGCCCUCACUGCGAGAAAGAGGGGAUCCAGUGGGAAGCGAAGGAAGAAGACUUUGAGGACUUUGAAGAGGAGUGUGACGAUGUCCGGGAUGUGGAGCCAGGGCUGGGUGGAGAGGAAGAAGAGGAUGAUCACAUGGAGUUCUGUCGCGUGUGUAAAGAUGGAGGAGAGCUGCUGUGUUGUGACUCCUGCCCGUCAUCUUAUCACAUUCACUGCCUGAACCCCCCACUGCCCGAGAUCCCCAACGGAGAGUGGCUCUGUCCACGCUGCACUUGUCCACCAAUCAAAGGGCGAGUGCAAAAAAUUCUGCACUGGCGAUGGGGUGAUCCCCCACCCCCUGUUCCUGUCCCUCCACCCCCAGACGCACCCCCUGAUGCACCGCCCCCUCCGCCUAUGAAGGGCCGUCCAGAGAGAGAGUUCUUUGUGAAGCUAGCAGCACAGUCCUACUGGCACUGCACCUGGAUCACAGAGCUACAGCUCGAGAUCUUCCACUCCGUGAUGUUCCGGAACUAUCAAAGGAAAACGGACAUGGACGAGCCGCCCAGUCUGGACUAUGGCUCUGGGGGAGAGGAGGAUUCUGGGAAGAGUGAGAAGCGGAGGGCCAAAGACCCUCAAUAUGCCAUUCUGGAGGAGAAGUACUACCGAUAUGGCAUCAAACCUGAGUGGAUGAUGGUGCACAGGAUAAUCAAUCACAGCAUGGAUAAGAAGGGCAACUACCACUACCUGGUUAAAUGGAGAGAUCUGACCUAUGACCAGUGCACCUGGGAGAGAGAUGAGCUGGACAUCCCCGAGUUCGGUGGGCACAAAGCGGCGUACUGGAGACACAGGGAAGAAGUGAUGAAGGAAGACCCAGAAAAGCCAAGGAAGAUGAGGAGGAGAGAGGAGAAUGAUGAUGCUCCAAGCACACCUGUUAAUGAUCCUACAAUCAAGUAUGAGGAGCAGCCAGACUUUGUGACAGAGACAGGAGGGACGCUGCACCUCUAUCAGCUGGAAGGGCUGAACUGGCUGCGGUUCUCCUGGGCGCAGGGAACAGACACCAUCCUGGCUGAUGAAAUGGGCUUGGGCAAGACCAUCCAGACUAUUGUUUUUCUCUACUCACUCUUUAAAGAGGGACACACUAAAGGGCCAUUCCUGGUGAGCGCUCCGCUGUCCACAAUCAUUAACUGGGAGAGGGAGUUUGAGAUGUGGGCUCCUGACUUCUACGUUGUCACUUACACCGGAGACAAGGACAGCCGGGCCAUCAUCCGUGAGAAUGAGUUCACCUUUGACGACACGGCGGUGAAGGGAGGAAAGAAAGCCUUCAAAUUACGGAGAGAAGCGCCCAUUAAGUUCCACGUGUUGUUGACCUCCUAUGAGCUUGUGACCAUAGACCAGAAUGUUCUCAAGUCCAUUGACUGGGCAUGUCUUGUUGUGGAUGAAGCCCACCGGCUCAAAAACAACCAGUCCAAGUUCUUCAGGAGACUCAACGACUACAAGAUAGACCAUAAGCUGCUGCUAACAGGAACUCCACUCCAGAACAACCUGGAAGAACUUUUCCACCUUCUCAACUUCCUGACGCCUAACCGCUUCAAUAAUCUAGAGGGUUUUCUAGAGGAGUUUGCAGACAUCUCUAAAGAGGACCAGAUUAAGAAACUGCACGACCUGCUCGGCCCACACAUGCUCCGGAGACUCAAAGCUGAUGUGUUUAAGAACAUGCCGGCCAAAACUGAGCUGAUCGUCCGAGUGGAGCUUAGCCCCAUGCAGAAAAAAUACUACAAGUUCAUUCUGACGCGUAAUUUCGAGGCGCUGAAUUCUAAAGGAGGAGGGAACCAAGUGUCUCUGCUCAACAUUAUGAUGGACCUAAAAAAGUGCUGCAACCACCCCUACCUCUUCCCCGUCGCUUCUGCCGAAGCUCCUAAAACACCAAGUGGAGCAUAUGAAGGAGCAGGUCUCACUAAGGCUUCUGGGAAACUCAUGCUGCUGCAGAAAAUGCUCAGAAAACUGAAAGAGCAAGGCCACAGAGUGCUAGUGUUCUCUCAGAUGACCAAGAUGCUGGAUUUGCUGGAGGAUUUCCUGGAUUAUGAGGGUUAUAAAUAUGAGCGGAUUGAUGGAGGCAUCACUGGAGCUCUCCGACAGGAAGCCAUUGACAGAUUUAAUGCUCCUGGUGCAUGUCAGUUUUGUUUUCUUCUCUCUACACGAGCGGGCGGUCUGGGAAUCAACUUGGCCACCGCGGACACAGUCAUCAUCUUUGACUCUGACUGGAAUCCUCACAAUGACAUUCAGGCCUUCAGCCGAGCUCAUCGGAUUGGUCAGGCUAAUAAAGUGAUGAUAUAUCGGUUCGUGACUCGGGCCUCGGUGGAGGAACGAAUCACUCAGGUGGCCAAAAGAAAGAUGAUGCUCACACACCUGGUGGUGCGGCCUGGUCUGGGAUCAAAAGCCGGAUCCAUGUCUAAACAAGAGCUGGAUGACAUCCUCAAGUUUGGCACUGAGGAGCUUUUUAAGGAUGAGAUUGAGGGGGACAAUAAGGAUGAUGACAGCAGCGUCAUUCACUACGACAAUGCCGCCAUCGAGCGUUUGCUAGACCGCAGCCAGGACGCCACAGAUGACUCUGACAUGCAGAACAUGAACGAGUAUCUGAGCUCCUUCAAGGUGGCCCAGUACACCGUCAGAGAAGAUGACAAGAUAGAGGAGAUAGAGAGAGAGAUCAUUAAGCAGGAAGAGAAUGUGGAUCCUGAUUACUGGGAGAAACUCUUAAGGCACCACUACGAACAGCAGCAGGAAGAUCUGGCCCGAAAUCUCGGCAAAGGAAAGAGAGUCCGCAAACAGGUCAACUACAAUGACGCAGCACAGGAGGACCAAGAGUGGCAUGCUGACAUUUCAGAUAACCAAUCAGAAUACUCCGUGGGCUCAGAGGAGGAAGAUGAGGACUUUGAUGAGAGACCUGAGGGUCGCAGACAGUCACGCAGGCAGCUCCGAAACGAGAAGGAUAAACCACUGCCACCCCUGUUGGCCAGAGUUGGCGGCAACAUCGAGGUAUUGGGCUUUAAUACGCGCCAGAGAAAAGCCUUCCUGAAUGCUAUCAUGAGAUGGGGGAUGCCAGCUCAGGACGCCUUCUCCUCUCAGUGGCUCGUGCGAGACCUCCGUGGCAAGAGUGAAAAAGAGUUCAAGGCGUACGUGUCGCUCUUCAUGAGGCACCUCUGUGAGCCGGUGGCUGACGGUUCAGAGACAUUCGCUGACGGUGUGCCGCGCGAGGGGCUCUGCAGGCAGCCGGUUCUCACACGCAUAGGGGUCAUGUCUCUUGUAAAGAAGAAGGUGCAAGAGUUUGAGCACAUUAACGGGAAAUGGAGCAUGCCUGAACUCAAGCCAGAGAUUACUGUGGACUCCAAGAAAUCGUCAAGAGCUUCUUCACCUGCCAUUAAGACAGACACUCCCACACCUGAAAUGAGCUGCAACAACACACCGUGCACCUCCAAACCAGCCACUCCCUCUCCACCUGACAAGAUAGAAAAGGGCUUGAAAGAGGUUGAAAAAGACGAGUGUGAAUCCCUGACAGAACCAGAAAGAGAGAGAGAGAAGGAAAAAGCAAAAGAAGGAAAGGAGGGGGAGAGUGUGGAAAGCGCAGAACAAGGAGAGACGUCCACCACAGUUAAAGAGGGUGAAAAAGAUCCUGUAACCACCAGUGAAAAAGCUCAGACAUCUGAAAGUCCAACAAAAGCUUCUGACGACUCAAAAACAAAAGAAAGCCUUGCCAUCUCUCAAUCUUCUCCGAAAGAAAAGAGUGAGAAAGAAAAACAAGAGGAGGAGAGUGCUGAAAAAGAGGCCUCCCUGGAGAAAACAUCAGAUUCUCCAUCUGUUAAAGACGAGAGCAGAGAGGCUUUGAAAGGGGACAAGGGAGAGAAAAGAGAGAAGACUGGAGAAGAAAAGGAGAAGAGUGAAGGGUCAUCACCUCCCACAGAAACAACAGAAAAGAAAGAGAAAUUAGAUCAAUCUUCUGAUGUCAAAAAAGAGGAGGUAAAGGGUGAAAAGGAUGCUGUGAAGGAGGUAAGAGGGCAGAGGGAGGAGGUGCCCAAAGGUAACGGCAAACCCAUAGAGCGCCCACGGUUUAUGUUCAACAUCGCAGAUGGAGGAUUCACAGAGCUCCACACGCUUUGGCAGAACGAGGAGCGGGCGGCCAUUUCAUCAGGCAAGAUCAAUGAGAUCUGGCACCGGCGACACGACUUCUGGCUGCUGGCAGGCAUCGUGUGCCACGGCUAUGCACGGUGGCAGGACAUUCAGAACGACCCGCAGUUCGCCAUCGUAAACGAACCUUUCAAAACUCAAGCCAACAAGGGAAACUUCUUAGAGAUGAAAAACAAGUUCCUGGCCAGGCGGUUUAAGUUGCUAGAGCAGGCCCUGGUGAUAGAGGAGCAAUUGCGUCGGGCUGCAUACCUCAACAUGACCCAGGACCCCACUCACCCGGCCAUGGCCCUGAAUGCUCGCUUUGCUGAGGUUGAAUGUCUAGCCGAGUCCCAUCAACAUCUCAGCAAGGAAUCGCUCGCAGGAAACAAACCUGCCAAUGCUGUCUUGCAUAAGGUUCUUAACCAGCUGGAAGAGCUUUUGAGUGACAUGAAGGCAGAUGUAAUGCGGCUCCCAGCCACUCUCUCUAGAGUCCCACCGAUCACAGCCCGCCUGCAGAUGUCAGAGAGAAGCAUCCUCAGCAGACUGGCCAACAAAGGCAAUGAGACACACACACCACCGCCUAUUCCUCCAGGCCCAUACGCCACCCCGCAAAAUUUUGGCCCUCCCUUCACACCUGCACCUUCAGCGGCUCUCACUCUGGCUGGGGCCAACUACAGCCAGAUGCCCCCUGGCGCUUUCAUAUCAGAAGCUUCAUCCUGCCUGAAGACCAAGGAACAUGACGUGCUGCAGCGCCAGAGGGUGGUGGACCUGUGGAAGGACGGCAAGUCGGAAGGGUCAAUCGGGCAGGAGCUUCGCAUGCCCAAAUCCACCGUGCACAGCAUCAUCGUCAAGUAUCGCCUCAGCAACACGGUGGAGAACCUGCCGCGCAACGGACGGCCCAAAAAACCGUGACCUGAAAGAGACAAAGUGACCGUAGAACGUGAGGGGGAAAGAGGCUAGAAAAAAGAAAAAAAAACAAUAAAUUAGGAAUGAAUUAGUAUGGGCGGGAACAAAGAAGUGGGAAUGUCUGAAAAUAUAAGAUCCUCUUCAGGCGAAAUGCUUAAUAAUAGACAAAACGAGCAAAUGCGAAAGGGAGAAAUGAAGUAGGGAAAAGGGAGCUGAAACAAGAGCCGUAUGGACGACAAAAACACAGACCUCUUCUUCCACUUCUGCCCUUUCCAGCACUUUUUUUUUCUCUCUCUGUAUCUCUCCUCCACUCUCACUCUCUCUCCCCUUGCCCCCUCCGUUCCCUUUCUUUCAUCUGUCCGUCCGAGAGAAGUCCCAGCAGAUUAAUUUUUCAUUUGGCCGAAGGAGCGAGAGUGCUCGUUUAAGUGCUCGAAACCUUCCCUCCCUAAUUCCACCACAAAUCACUAUUUCUCUGCAUCCCUUUAUACAGUAUCUCUCUUUCUUUUAUCAUUUAUCCGCUCUCCUGCUCUCUUUCUCUCUCACACGCACAUGCAGCCUCGCAAUGUCAGAAGUGAAGGAUUCCAAAGACGGCAGUUUUUCCAAAAUACCACAAGCUUGUUUUCUGUCAUUAAAACCCCUGACCCAAUCAAAACUGUUUUGGAACUGAGGCACAGUGGAGUGGAACUAUCAUUUUCCUGGAAACUGCGGACCUCUCAAAAAACUCUCCAGCCACGGACUCUCUGCGUCGCUAAACCAGGACUGUGAAAUGUUAAAAUGGCACGAAAUCACUUCAUAUACAUAAGCAUGAAGACCUUUCAUCGCAGCAACCUGUCCCUGUAGCGUGAUGCAGGCGGAUAUACAUCUGCACCUGAUCUAAGAUCAGCUGUAUGAUUUUCCAAAAGCCAACUUAUCAAAGGAAUGCUCUGAUCCUGGGUCAGAAGACCCUCAUGCUGAGCGUGCAACCUGUCCAACCAAAUUCCUGCGCUGUGCUAGAGCCAGAUUCAAUCCCCAGCAGGACGUUUACACAGUACACGACUGUUGUAUGAGAACUCCCUGCAUUCUACAAAAAUGCAUAAACACACCCACAUGUGCACACUCACGCACGCUCGAGAGCCACUUAAGUAGCUCUGUAUUUUCCACCACAUGGUGUGUUUUAUUGUAGUUGAGUGAGUGUGCGUAUGCGUGCGUGGUCUUGCAGUAGCAAUGAACUGAAGCUAAUUGUCCGUGUGUUUGUGCUUGGUUGGGGUUGAUAUUGUACAAGUGAAGAUUCAGGGCUGCUGGUGUGUGGCUUCUUCUGUGUGAGUGAUUAAUUGUGUGAGUGUGCUGGUUGUUUGAAUAGGCUGGGUCACUGAGGCCGGCUGCCAUCUCUGCAUGUUUUUCUGGUUUACUGAGACGUAGAGAGGCUGAGACUUGAGGCAGAAGAAAAACUUGGUGCCCUCAGAUAAUGUUUGGUCAGAGAAAGAUGAAUGAAAGGCAGACAGUCUGAGAGAUCAGAAUAACAGUUUCAUGGGCGACUAGUGGAUGUUUUGAUAAGCGAUUAAUGUGUUGAUUAUUUCUUUAAUUAAUCAGGAUGAAAAAGGCAUAUUUAUUUUCUGUGUUUUAUAAAAGCAAGUUAACCAACAUGUUGCCCAACAUGUUCUCUUCCAAACUGAACUGCAAAUUGAAGGCUAUAAAACAAAUAUACACUACCGGUCAAAAGUUUGUGAACAGUAAGAUUAAUAAUGUUUUUUUAAAGAAGUCCCUUCUGCUCACCAAGCCUGCA